GCCGCAGGGGAGGAGAGGCGCGGCGGCGGCUGCGGCGGCGGCGGCUGGGGUAGUGAGGCCCCGGAGCGGAGCUGGCCAUGGAGCCCCAGAAAGUCACAACAUCCUCAAAACCUCACCCUCCUGUUGUGGGAAAAGUGACUCAUCACAGCAUCGAAUUAUACUGGGAUCUGGGCAAGAAAGAGAAAAGGCAAGGACCCCAGGACCAGUGGCUUAAGUUUUCAAUCGAAGAGGAAGACCCAAAAAUGCACACUUAUGGUAUCAUUUAUACGGGAUAUGCAACAAAGCACGUGGUUGAAGGUCUGGAGCCCAGAACACUGUACAGAUUUCGACUGAAGGUCACCAGCCCGUCUGGAGAAUUUGAAUACAGCCCGGUCGUCUCAGUGGCCACCACCAGAGAACCCAUCAGCAGCGAGCACUUCCAUCGAGCUGUCAGUGUGAACGAUGAGGACCUGCUUGUUCAAAUACUUGAAGGAGGCCACGUCAAGGUUGACGUUCCCAACAAGUUUGGAUUUACCGCUCUCAUGGUUGCUGCCCAGAAAGGAUACACCAGGCUCGUGAAAAUUCUAGUUUCUAAUGGCACAGAUGUGAAUCUGAAGAAUGGAAGUGGCAAGGACAGUCUAAUGCUUGCAUGCUAUGCGGGACACCUAGAGGUUGUGAGAUAUCUCCGCAGACAUGGAGCCUCCUGGGAAGCAAGGGACCUGGGAGGCUGCACAGCUCUGCACUGGGCUGCAGAUGGAGGCCAUUGCCCUGUGAUUGACUGGAUGAUCAAGGAUGGCUGUGAGGUAGAUGUUGUGGACACUGGUUCAGGGUGGACCCCGCUCAUGAGAGUCUCUGCCAUGUCGGGAAGCCAGAAGGUGGCCUCGCUCCUCAUCGAGGCUGGGGCCGACGUGAAUGUGAGGGACAAAGAUGGAAAGACACCUCUCAUGGUGGCCGUGUUAAACAACCACGAACAGCUAGUUCAGUUACUUCUGGACAAGGGGGCAGAUACAAGUGUGAAAAACGAGUUUGGCAAAGGUGUCUUCGAAAUGGCCAGAGUCUUUGACAGACAGAAUGUACUCUCCUUAUUAGAAGAAAGGAAAAAAAAGUUGCCAAGAAAGUCUUCUGUCCACUGACCAGAGCUCUACCUAUGUGUGAGAUGCACAGCAGUCAGCAAAGCUUGGCUGCUGAACUAGACACAGGACACGCUGCAUCUCCCAGGCUACAUGUUUAUUUAUUUAGUGAAGAUUCUCAGUGACUUUUACGUAACAGACAACUGUUCCCAGUCGAAAUAGAUCUUUUCACCUAA